AUGUGUUUGUCAUGUAAGGAUAAAUGGAAGAACUACAUAGAGGUUGUCAAGAGUAGCAGUGUUAGGUGCUUGGAAGUUGCUGUGGAGAAGCGGUGUAGCAAAAUUGUGGUGGUUGUGGGUGAUAAUGUGGAUGUGGAGCCCAUAGAGAACCUUACCCAAGACGAAGAGUUGCAGACGGUUGUCGUUAGAGAAGUUGAUAGGUCAUAUGAGCCCGGUGCCUUGAAUGAUGAUUUCAAUGAAGAAACGUUUGAUGAAGACGAUGGCAAUGGAGAUGGAACACAUGAUAUGGAUGACAUAUCCCAAGGAUCAGAGGAUGAUGAAGUUGAUGUUGCCUUCGCGGCGAAGAUGACUUUACUUCGGGGCCAAGUACUUCGGAUGAUGUGUUAG